AGCAGCAAAACUUGCGAAAGAAAAAAGAGAAGCAAACUGUCAAAUUGGAAAAUAUGAAAAUCAUUUACGAGUGCAAAUUUCGCUAGGAAAUUCCUCGCAUUACAAUAACACCGCGAAAAACACGAUAAGGAUUCGAGUAUAUUUCCGUUCCUACCCAGCUAGUUGGUGCGAGUUCCGUUUCCGUUUUGUUUCUCUCGAGCAGUUCCGCUUCGAUCCACAAACGGGGUCCUCUGGAAAAAUCCAUCCGGCGGCAAGUGCUAGUUCCGGUGCGUGAAAGUGUGAGUGCGAGCGACCGAAAAUGAAAAUUACUAUCAAAACCCUGAAGCAGGAGGCGUUCCACAUCGAGGUCGAUGUGGAAAAGGACUCGGUCCGAACGUUGAAGGAAAAGUUCCUGGCCGAGAGUAAACAGGAUUUUCCGGUCGAGCGGCAGCGAUUGAUCUAUCUCGGUAAGGUCAUGGCCGAUGAGGACCCACUAAGCCAGUACAAUUUGGAUGAUAAGAAGUUCGUGGUGGUUAUGAAUAUGAAGGCUCCGGCAGCGGCUGCAGCAGCGACGCCCGCGACCAGCACCGCCACAUCCGAAGGAAGCUCCUCGACCACCACAGCUACCGCAGCGGCCAAGAGCGAAACAACACCAGCCUCGGCCUCUACUGCUGAAAAGCCCAAGGAAGAGGAGAAACCGAAAGAGGACAGCACCCCGGCACCGGCUGCCGCAACAACACCGACCGAGAGCCAGGAUGAUCUGCAGGUCAAGAUCCAGCGGAUAAAAGAAAUGGGCUACUCGGAGGAGGAAGCCCGCAUUGCCCUGGAAAUCUGCGACAACAACCCGGACCGAGCUGUGGAGUAUCUGCUGUCGGAAAUCGCCACCAGUUCGCUUGGCGGAGGUGGGGGUGUUGGGGGUGGUAUUGGAGGUUCUGGGCUGGAUCUGGGAAGCGCCAGCGUGGGCUCGGCAGCAGGCCAACAGGAACGGCUGGCCUUCCUGCGUGAACAUCCGACCUUCAUCGAGAUGAAACAGCUACUACAGGAAGACCCCCGUCUGUUGCCAUCACUGCUCCAGAAGAUCCAAUCGAGCAAUCCGGAUCUGAUGCGCAUCAUUUCGGAGAACCAGAUGGAGUUCUUGGCCCUGUUGAACGAGGGAACCGAUGAGAUGCAGGGUGGUGGAGGUGGUGGCGGCAGCGGUGGAAGUGGCGUAGCGCAUGAUGUUGCCUCGACUGCCGCUUCGAUGGUAAACACCCUGACCCAGUCCGACAUGGAUGCUAUCGAUCGGCUGAAGGCGCUCGGCUAUCCGGAACAUUUGGUCAUUCAGGCAUACAUCGCCUGCGAACGGAACGAAUAUCAGGCUGCAGAUUUUCUCGUCUCGCAGACGCUGGACGAUGACGAGUAGGUUUGUAAGGGCGGAUGGCAAGUAAGCGCUUUUGAUUUUUUUUUUCAUUCAAUACUUUUCGAUCGAAGGGAAACAAAAUUGCUCUGUGGAUCAGGCGACAAAAUAGGGGACAAACAACAUCCGGUUUAGGGUUUCGGUUGUUUGGCUCACCCUUAAAAACCCCUUUCUAUCAUGACGGUCAAUGAAAAGUUUUCUUUUUCGAUUUAUCGGGGUUCCUUGUUCUAAGCGAGUUUUUUUUAAAUGAUAAUUUCCAUUUUUUAAACAAAAAAGAAACAUUUAAAACACUACAAUAUCUUAUAUGAACAAUAUGAAAAAAAAUCUACAUAAGCAUUGUUCCAGCUAAAAUUUUUUCCCGAAGGCCAAACCUUCUAACUAACGAAAAUGAACGCGGUGAUUUAGCUUAGUGCAUCGCUUGGUUUUUAUUGUAUUUUAUAAGUUGAAGAACUGUCUCUAGGAAAGAAAGGAAAUUAAUAAAAAAAAUCAAAACAUGAAAAUUAUAUCGAACAAAGCAAAAGUAGAAUACCAUUUACAAAACAACAACAAAAACGACGACAGCCUGCAGCAUUUCAACAAAAUAAAACUUACCGAAACUACUAUUACUACCUAAAAAGUUCAGAAGCACACUAGCAAACGAAAAAAACGAGGUCGCGCGUUUUCCCCUAUUCAUUCAUUCUCUUUGAUUCUUUGAUUGAUGCUCCAAUGAUCCAUGAUGAUACCAGGAAAAAGAAAAUACACAGACAACAACAGUUUUUGCCCAUAUGAAUAAAGAUUUAAUAAUUAUAAA